GCGUAUUUCACACUUGUUCGCUCCCUCGCUCUCUCUCACGCCUUUCUCUAGAGAAGAUCUUCUUCGGUAAUCUGAAUUGGGGGACACGAACGAGCGCUUGAAUUAUGGCGGAUGGUAUGAAGGAGUGGAGAUUUUAAUGCUUCAGAAAUUUUGUUGAAAACCUAACGCCCAAAUUUGAGUAGAUUCUGCAGAAUAAAUAGCUUGUCGUUUCGCUCGUGGGGUUCUGGGAGAUGAGAUGAGAUGAGGUUUUGUGAAGACAGCUGAAGUUCGGGUUCUUGUUUAGCGUUGCUGAAAUUGUGUUUAUUGAGUUGACUUGUGUUAUCAAGACUCUUUGUUUGAAUAUUAUCUGUCCCAGAAAUAUGCGCUUAUGGUGGGGGAAGUCAUCUGGGAAAGGGUCAAAAAAGAAAACAGCCAAAGAAAGUUUCAUCGACACAUUUCAUAAGAAGUUUAAGAGUCCGGAGAGUAAAUCUUCUGGUAAAUCUGGAGGUUCUAGAAGGAGAUCAAGCGAUGGUGCUACAGAGAAGGAGACUGAGACAAGGACUCCAUCACCUUCGAAAAAUGUAGUUCGAUGCCUAAGUUUUGCAGAUAGGUCUCAACCACUUCCUUUGCCUAGCCAGCUCCCUGCUAAUGUCAGCUGUACGGACUCCAAAACAAGUGAAUCUACGAAAGCAAAUCCAGCAAAGGUCUCCAAAUCCUCGUCAUUCCUUCCCCUACCCAGGCCUUCCUGCAUCCGCCAAAAACUGGAACAUGCUGAUUUGGAUGGCGAAUUUGCUGUUGCUUUGAUUUGUAGUGAAUGCUCCAUGGAGAUUGAUGAUCCAACUGACUCACAUUUGCGUUGUCCUCUUGCUAAUGACUAUGAUAAUGGCUGUAGAACUGCCGCUGGCAGCCCGACAAGCUCUCCUGUUGUGGAUCGGCACCCUGUUGCACCAGUAAUUGCAAGGGAGCCACCAGUUCGAGCGAACCUCCCAUUGAAUAAAAAUGUCUCCUCUUCACCUCCUAGAAGACGGAAUUUAAAUGAUCAAGUACCAAUUUUAAAGGUUCCACAUCAUGGUGCCUUUUAUAGUGCUCCAGAUAGCUCAUUGUCUAGCCCGUCUAGAAGUCCAAUGAGAGCCAGUGGCUAUGAGCAAGUUGCAAAUACUGCAUUUACAGCUGGAAGAAUUUAUUCCGAUUUUCCUGUUCUUGGAUCUGGGCAAUGCUCCAGUCCAGGCUCAGGUCAGACAUCUGGCCAUAAUUCAAUGGUAGGAGAUAUAGCUGCACAAUUGCUUUGGCAGCCAAGCAGAGGAAGCCCGGAAUAUUCUCCCAUUCCGAGUCCAAGAAUGACAAGUCCUGGCCCUAGUUCCAGAAUUCAUAGUGGUGCUGUAACGCCUCUUCAUCCUCGAGCUGGAGGGGGGCUCUCUGAGUCACAGAGUAAUUGGCACGAUGAUGCAAAACAGCAAAGUCACCGUCUGCCCCUUCCUCUCAUAGCUGUUCCCAGCCCCCCAUCUUUUUCUCACCAGAAUUCUGCAGUGACUUCUCCCUCUGUACCCCGCAGUCCUGGGAGACCUGAGAAUGUAGUAAGUCCUGGCCCACGAUGGAAAAAGGGGAGAUUGCUUGGUCGUGGGACAUUUGGACAUGUCUAUGUCGGUUUUAAUAGUGAAACUGGCGAAAUGUGUGCGAUGAAGGAGGUUACGCUCUUUGCGGAUGAUGCAAAGUCAAAGGAAAGUGCCAAGCAAUUAGGACAAGAGAUUGCACUUUUGAGUUGCUUAAGGCAUCCUAAUAUUGUGCAGUACUAUGGAUCGGAAAUGGUGGAUGAUAAAUUAUAUAUUUAUUUGGAAUAUGUUUCUGGCGGUUCGAUUCAUAAAAUUCUUCAAGAUUAUGGAAAGCUGGGGGAAUCAGCCAUCCGUAGUUACACUCAACAGAUUUUGUCGGGGCUUGCCUAUUUACAUGCUAAACACACUGUGCACAGGGAUAUUAAAGGUGCCAACAUACUUGUUGACCCGAAUGGUCGCGUCAAAUUGGCAGAUUUUGGGAUGGCGAAACAUAUUACGGCGCAAAAUUGUCCAUUAUCAUUUAAAGGCAGUCCGUACUGGAUGGCCCCUGAGGUUAUAUGGAAUUCAAAUGGAUAUAGCUUAGCCGUUGAUAUAUGGAGCCUUGGAUGCACUGUUCUAGAAAUGGCAACAGCAAGCCCGCCUUGGAGCCAAUACGAAGGGGUUGCCGCUGUGUUCAAAAUUGGAAAUAGUAAAGAGAUGCCAACAAUUCCAGAUUAUCUCUCCGAAGAAGGGAAGGAAUUUGUGAGGCUGUGCUUGCAGCGGAAUCCCUUGCAUCGUCCUACAGCUGUUCAGCUUUUGGAGCACGCUUUUGUGAAGAAUGCUGCACCUCUGGAAAAGAACAUACUUAGUCCAGCUUCCUCAGAUUAUCCUGUCCUAGUAAACCCGGUGAAUCCAAGGGGCAUCGGUAACAUGAGAUCUCUUCAGCAGCCGGACAUGGAGAGACUUGCGAUCCACUCGUCAAGGAUGUCUCAAUCAAAUUUUCAUCCGAGUGACAUUUACAUCCCGAGGAACAUAUCGUGCCCCGUUUCCCCAAUUGGGAGUCCUCUGCUGCAUCCAAGAUCGCCUCAAAACGUAAGUGGGAGAAUGACUCCUUCCCCCAUAUCAAGCCCCCGGACAACAUCUGGCUCGUCCACACCUCUAACCAACGGCAUCGGCGCUCCUACUUCAUUUCAUCUUCAAUCCAUGUCGUUGCACGAUGGUUUCGGGAAUUUACAAAUUCGCCCGCCCAAUCCCCCUUACUGGGACCCCGACCUUCUCCGAGGAUCCCAUUCCCCCGUCGGGGAUCCUAUGCCGGAUGUUCUAGAAUAUGAUGGAGACCGAAUGGUGAAGACAAGGAAUGGUGUUCCCGGAACUUCUCUGCCAAGGCGACUGCCGUAUGCCGCACUACCAAAAUUGAGACGGCCGACAAACCAGUAACCCGGACAAACCAGUAACCCGGCUGCGACGGAGAGACGACCCGGAAAUGGAACUGUGAGGCUGGUAGGUAAUGAAUUAACUAUGGUUCUGAGAUCUUAACUGACUUAACAGGCUAGUGAAAGUUGUUUUUUUUAGCAUUGAGGAGGCAAUGUAUAGUGAUUAGCUAAAUCUCUGGCCUCAGAAGAAAAUGUAUAUUCACAUUUUUGGAACAGAUGGGGAGGAGGAAGAAGAAGGAAUGACAGAGCAAUCAGUCAGUUUAAUGAAUAAGAAAAAAAGCAAACAGUUUUUGGCACCAAGGCAGACAGUACUAGUGUGUCUGUGUAUUCAAAUUGGAAGUUUUUGGUGAUGUACAGAGAAGAAUCAUAUUAGAAAAAUAAUUUAUUAUAUUAUAUUAAUUAAAUAAAUAGAUAUUUGUACUAGUAUUUUUUUGUGGUCAAAUCCAGGCUAAAAUCCCAGAGCUUCUUGGCCAGGUCCCUGUCUGAAGCCUUGUCACUUGCUCUUGCAAUAUUGUUGUCUGAAAAAUACUCACCACUAACCCCUUUUAAAUCUGGGUGCAGUGCCACAUAACAUGUUGUCGAAGCCCCCUUUUCAUCGUCACCAAAAAAAAAAUAAUUUAAAAAAGUCGAUCAUUCAAAAAGAUUUGUUGUGAUCAAAUAA